CAAAAGGUUUCUUCUUUUACUUGCUCUUCCUUCUCCUCUUAUUUUUCAUCCUAAGACAGAUAUAAUUGUUGAUCCCCAAAAUAUUCAUCUAUUUAUUUUUUUUCUUUUGAGCGAAAUACUUUUCCAACGAAGCUAUUAUAUAUUCUAAAAGUUGAAUCAGAUCAAAUAAUGUUUGAGCAAUUAACUAUUUGUUAGAUCAAUAUUCCUUUAAUUGAUCUAAGUUAAGGGUGUGGCAGAUAAUUAAAAUCAUAGAGUAAUACUUUUAAUGAACAUUAAAUAAAUUAAUUCCUUUAAAUAGCUAAUAAUUAAGAAGAUGGAUAAGUAAUCAGAGGAGCAACCUCAGUAGAAAGAGUCUUAUCAGUUUUGGAAGGUUUAGAAGCUAAUAUUUCAGGAUCACUUGAAGCACUUGAAAAAAAUGAAAUUAAUGUAUCAUGAG